CAAAGAGGUGCAUAACUAUCCGUGCCAUUCAGAGAAUAUGCAACUUCCCCCUCAACCCAUCCUUGACACCUACUGGUGCACAUCAUCAUAUUUCUUUUACUUCCUCCACGUGUCAACUACAACAUUCGCUCGCCUUCAUCUCACCCUCCACUUUCACCGCUUUCUUCCCUAUAAAACGGCUCCCUGAACUGCUCCUUCGUUACGUUCGAAGAGUCCCUUUCCUUCCCAAACACAUAGUUAUAUUUCAAAAUGUCUGAUACAGAUGUCAAGCAGCAUACAGAGACGAAGAUUGAAGAAAAUGAAAAAAGACUUAAGUAUCUAGAUUUCCUCCUAGUAGCGGCGAUCUACAUUAUAGUCUGCUUUUCAACGCUCUACGAAUACGCCAAGGACAAUUCCGGUCCACUCAAACCCGGAGUGGAAACCGUUGAAGCAAACGUUAAAACCGUCAUUGGUCCCGUUUACGAGAAGUUUCAUGACAUCCCCUUUGAACUCCUCAAGUUCGUCGAUCACAAGGUGGACGAGUCUUUGAAGGAACUGGAAAGGCACGUGCCUUCUCUUGUGAAGCAAGCGUCAAGUCAGGCACGAGCUGUGGCUUCUGAAGUUCAGCGCGCCGGUGUGGUGGACACUGCAAAGCACAUUACAAACAGUGUCUAUUACAAGUACGAGCCGACAGCCAAGGAGCUAUACUGGAGGUACGAGCCGAUUGCCGAACAAUAUGCAGUUUCGGCUUGGCGGUCGCUGAACCGGCUGCCCAUUUUCCCGCAGGUGGCUCAGAUCGUUGUCCCAGCGGCUGCGUACUGGUCCGGGAAGUAUAACCAGGUGGUUCGCUAUGCAGAAGAGAGGGGCUACGCGGUGGCGGAGUAUCUGCCGUUGAUUCCAAUUGAGAGGAUCGCUAAAGCUUUUGACGAGAACGAGAGAGGGCCCACUUUUCGACCAAUGGAGAGACGGUCAUGGCACAAUGAGAAAUGAAUAGCAGGAUUUUGGUUUGUGUUUGUUACUUGUUACUUUUGGAUUUGAGGGUUUGGUCCGUUUGCAUCGGUCUACUAAACCCUUUCUAUUUGUUCUUCUUUGCUCCAUGACUUUGCUGUUAACUUCUACCCAAAUGAAAAAAAAAAAAAU